AUGUCUCUAAAACCUCCCAAGUACGACCCGCGAAAGGGCGAAGCAAGAGAAAGACACGGAAUUAACGCAGCACAAAGGAACGAGCAUUCGAAAGCCUUGAAAUGUUAUGUGUGUAAUGAAGACCACAAAGUGAUAGAAUGUCCUACCUUAGCUGAUUCCACCGUUCCUGAACGUUUCAACUUAGUGAGAGAGGCAAGAUUGUGCUUUUCUUGCCUGAAUAAAGGUCACGUGACGAGAGACUGUAGAUCGAAGAAAAAAUGCGAGAAAAAUGGAUGCACAAGACUUCAUCAUCAACUGUUACACGGAGAGCCUGGAACAAUGAGCGGUAUAUCAUCAGUGCUGGACAAGGGAAGCAUUCUACCAGUUGUUAGAGUUUGUUUCAGAGCACCAAACGGUCGAACACGCGAAGGAAAUGUCCUCAUCGACAGCGGCGCAGGUACCACAGUAAUUCGAAAGGAUUUUGCUCGAUCACUUGGUCUGCAAGGCAAACGAGAAAAAAUUGAUCUAGCCGUUGUUGGAGGAGAAAGAGUUGAACAACCCCAAAGCAGAAGAGUGACCUUCUCAAUCUCAGCACUCAACGGAGCAGAAGAGCACAGAAUAGAAGCCCACGAGAUCGAGAAAACCGUUUUAAGUGUCCCACGUUUGGAUCGUCCGUGGUUGAAAUCAUUUGCACACCUUCGAGACAUCGACUUCUCGCAUAAAGCUGGUCCAAUUGAUCUUAUCUUAGGCGUCCAGUUCAGUCAUUUGCACGCAGAAGAUGAAGUACGUCAAGGCCGUCAAUUUGAGCCUGUUGGGAAAAGAACGAAGCUAGGAUGGUUUGUCAUCGGUUCUGAUAGUUCACAGAAAACGUCCAAAGUAUGUUCAAUAAGGUUUGUCCAACCCGUCAACCUAGAGAAAUUCUACGAGUUUGAAACCCUCGGAAUCCAAGCCCCCCAAUGUCAUUGUCCACAGAUAGCUAUGUCACCUGACGACAGAAGAGCCAUCGAGUUAAUGGAGAACUCCUGUAAGCAGCAAGGAGGGAGAUAUGUCAUUGGACUUCCUUGGAAGAAAGAUAAAAAUCUUUUGCCUAACAAUUAUUCACUCGCUGAGAAAAGAUUGUUUUCGCUGGAAAGAAGCCUGAAAAGAAACGAUGUUAAGGCUAGUUUGUACAACCAAGUCAUGAAUGAGUACGAAAGAAACGGUUGGUCGCGUCAGUUGUCACAAGAAGAAGUAGACGCCAAAGAUAAACCAAAAUAUUACCUGCCUCAUCACGGAGUUUAUCGACCCGAGAAGAAAAGUACGCCCUUGAGAGUAGUAUUCGACCCUGCCUGCCAAUAUCAAGGAGUAUCAUUGAAUUCGUUUCUCUACAAAGGUCCUUGUCUUAUUGGAAAUCUACUUGGAGUGUUAUUGCGCUUUAGAGAAGAUCUUGUUGGCCUUGUUGGCGAUAUAUCGAAGAUGUAUUUGCAGAUUUGCCUGCCCGAAGAAGACACGCUUGUCCACCGAUACUUAUGGAAAGAUUUAGAUGAAAGUCGAGACCCAACAGUUUACGCACUCCAAAGAGUCACAUUUGGAGAUAAACCAUCGCCGGACAUGGCAAGUUACGUUAUGAUCAAGAUCGCGAAUGAAAAUGAGUCCCAAUGUCCUCGAGCUGCCGUGAUUCUCAAACGUGAUCGGUACAUGGAUGAUCUUAUUCAUUCGACAAGCACGCAGGAAGAAGCAGAAAAGUCCAAAGGCGAAGUCGACGACGUGUUAGCUACGGGGAGUUUUAAGAUAAAGGAAUGGUUUGUUUCGUCGUCCGUUCAAGAAAUGCAAGCUGAGAACGUUUCUAGUCCGGAAGAAGAAAAUCAUGAUUUCAAAGAUAACGUGAUAGGUGUAAAUAGUGAAUGUACAACGACAAAGAAUGUCAACCUAGACGGCGAAGAAGGAAUCAAAACCUUAGGAGUCAAUUGGAAUCCACAGACUGACAAAUUCAGUUUCUCAGUAAAGGAAAUAAAGAUAGAAACGUUAACGAAGAGAACAGUUCUGUCGAGGAUUUCACGUUUGUUUGAGCCACUUGGAUUGGCUUCUGUAGUAACUAUCAAAGAAAGAGUUGCUCUCCAAGAAAUCUGGAAAGCAAAGAAGUAUGACUGGGACGACCCACUGCCUGAAGAAAUGCACACUUUAUGGUACAAACUUUUCCGAGAGUUAGAAAGUUUAAACACGAUUACAAUUCCGCGUUGUUUACGUCCUGAUUAAAUUUGUGGUCCAUCCGAGCUGCAUGUAUUUGCUGAUGCCAGUGCCACAGCGUAUGGAGCGGUUGCAUAUCUUCUCUGGCCCACCACAGAAGGUCAUAAAGUUAAUCUCAUCGCCUCGAGAGUAAGAGUUGUUCCUUUACGUCAGGCAACCAUUCCACGGUUAGACCUUAUGGCAGCACUGGUUGCUUCAAGAUUGGCAAGUACCAUUUACAACGAGUUUAAAACGAAGCCUGCUGUAGUUAAACUGUGGUCCGAUUCGAAGAUCGUUUUGCAUUGGUUACGGUCAGAUUCUGCAUUGUUGAAGGCAUUCGUUGGAGUUCGAGUAGCUGAAAUUCAGUCAACAUGGGAAUCAAGUCAUUGGCGUUAUGUUCCUUCUGCUCUGAAUCCUGCCGAUGAUUUAAGUCGAGGAAUUGAUGUUAAAAAUAUGUAUGAUCGAUGGUUCCAAGGACCAGCGUUCCUGAAAUUGCCAAACAGCGAGUGGCCAAGCGAAAGUGUGGAGACCAUUCAGAAUGAUCCAGAAAGAAAGAAACCCAAGAUCCUGGGGAGUUUCAAUCCUGAUAUCCCGUGCAUAGAUCCAAAAAACUUUUCAAAUUGGCAACGAUUGGUCAGAAUUACAGCUUACUGCAAGCGUUUUGGUCAUAAUGCUCGACUAAGCGCACGAGACAAGUCGGAGUUAAAGUCGGGUCCUCUCCAACCUAGCGAAAUAAAUUAUGUCAAAGAAUUUUGGAUUCGUAAAGUACAGACCACGUUGAUUGAUUGGAAAGAUCGUUACAAGGAUCUUGCGCCCUUUGUCGAAAAUGAUAUCAUCCGAGUUGGUGGUAGACUAAAGAGAGCGUCCCUUCCCUACGAUCAAGCACAUCCCAUAUUGCUACUCGGAAACCACCACAUAUCGAAAUUGAUAAUGGAAGAAUUUCACGAGAAAGUGUGCCAUGCUGGCUGCGAAAGAACCCUCUCUGAGAGUCGACGUGAAUAUUGGAUCAUGAGUGGACGGCGUAUAGUUAAGAAGACAAUCAAGAAUUGCUUAGUGUGUCGUAAGUUUCGUCAACGACCUCACACCACUUUGAUGGUUGAUCUUCCGCAAGAGAGAGUGAAACCGUUUUCUCCACCAUUUACUGUAACUGGAGUGGACUUGUUCGGUCCGUUUAAUCUUAAAGUUUCACGAAACAAGAGUGUCAAAGCCUGGGGUGCUAUAUUUACCUGCGCGACAGUUCGAGCCAUUCACCUAGAAAUCGUAGAGAGUACGUCAGCUGAAGCCUUUCUUCAUGCACUGCGACGUUUUGCUUCACAUCAUGGCUGGCCAAGCACGAUAAUCUCCGAUAACGGGACGUCAUUUGUUGGUGCUGAGAGAUUGUUGAGAGAAUUGGUUGUAAAGGAGAGAAAGAAACUUGAAGAUUUCGCAACACUCUACCAACUUCGUUGGAUAUUCACGACACCAAGGAGCCCUCAUCAAGGUGGAAUAUACGAGAGCCUGAUAAAGCAAGUUAAGAGUGCCAUUCGAAUCGUAGUUGGAAAUCAGAAUCUGUCUUGGAAUGAAAUGAGCACGGUUUUCGCUGAAGUUAAGUCUCUGAUAAAUGGAAGACCUUUAGGAUACCCUUCGAACGAUCCCAACGACUUACAACCCCUUACCCCUAACCAUUACCGGUAGAGCAUCGAGCAGUGUUCCUCACGGAUCGUUUGAGAGAUCAGAGAUUUUGAGUCGAAGAUUCGAGUUUAUCCAGAGCCUUGUACAGCAGUUCUGGCAAAGAUUUAUACGAGAAUAUCUACCGACGUUGCAAAAACGAGGAAAAUGGCGAUUGAAAGAACGACAGAUGAAAGUUGGAGAUUUGGUCCUGAUGGUGGAUUACGAGACACCAAGAGGAAAAUGGAAGUUAGGUCGAGUUGAAGAAGUUUACGCUGGGAAAGAUGGUGUGGUAAGAAAUGUGUUAGUGAAAACUCAGCAUGGUCAAUACAAAAGGUCUGUGCAAAAGUUAUGUGUUUUAAUAGAAGCUAGUUAGACGAACAUUCAUGAACUGUGGCCCCGGAGGGUUGGUGUAAAUAGCGAGCAACAUUUGACAUUCGACAUUUGAUAUAGUUAAUAUUAAGUUCUGUUAUGGUUUAUAUAGACAUUUAAGUGAUGACAUUUUUGAGUGACAUUAUAGGCGUUAGUUGUAUCAGUAUUUUGUAAGAGAGACACGCGAGAGUAAAGAGACGGUUUAAAGGACGGAUAGUUAGAGAGAUUAACGUAAAGUUGUAGUCAGAGUCAAGUCCUGCAGGGAUCUACCCUUCAGGUACAGAUGUUUAAUUGUUUUAUAUGUUAUAUUUGUAGUAUUGUGUUAUUAGUCAAUUUUACCAUGUUAUGUCGCGAAAAUAUGAUUGGAAUGCAUGUGUUUUAG